GCCGGGUAAAGCACAUGUGGACGGAGAGCAGCAGCUCCAGGUUUAGCUGUGUUUAAUCUGCGUGUUUUUCUCAGUAACUCAGGGGAACAGCGGGGCUCUCUGCGGGUUUAUAGGAGUAUAAGAGAUAAACUGAGCGAGUCUGAGCUGAAUUCUUCACUUUAACACGAUGCCUCACAGGAAGAAGAAGCCGUUCAUAAACAAGAAGAACGCCGUGACGUUCCACCUGGUUCACAGAAGUCAGAAGGAUCCGCUAGCAGCCGACGAGAAAGCUCCUCAACAUGUCCUCUUACCGGCCUCAAAGGUGGAGGUGGAGAAGAGGAGGGAGGAGCAGAGGCAGUUUGGUGUGUUUUUCGAUGACGACUACAAUUACCUGCAGCAUCUUAAAGAAGCGUCCCGGCCUGCAGAGCUGAUCUCAGCAUCGCAAACUCAACGAAACGCACAGACUGUGACCUUCAGGGAUGAAGAGGAGGAGGAGAAUGAGGAAGAGGAGGAGGAAAAGGGCAAGGAGGAGGUCAUGGUUAUACCUGCCGCGUCCAUUAAUCUGCCCUCAUCCGUCUUUGCCUCCGAGUUCGAGGAGGAAGUGGGUUUGUUAAACAAAGCAGCUCCUGUGUCAGGCCCGAGGCUGGACAUGGACCCGGACAUCGUGGCGGCGCUGGACGAAGACUUUGACUUUGAUGAUCCUGAGAACAUGCUGGAGGACGACUUCGUCAUUCAAGCCAAUGACGUCAUGAAAAGAAAUGUGGGUGAUAAAGGUGAAGGUGAGGGUGAUGAUGAUGAGUGGGAGGACACAGAUGAAAGUGGAGAAGAGGAAGAGGAAGAGCAGGACUACGACUCAGCCGGAGCUGUUUCAGACGAGGAGGACGAGUUUGGAGACGGCAGGCGACAGUUCGCCUUCAUGGACUGCGAGACGAAGAGCCGCUUCACAGAGUACUCCCUCACCUCGUCCGUCAUGAGGAGGAACGAACAGCUCACGCUGCUGGACGACCGAUUCGAAAAGUUCUAUGAGCAGUUUGAUGAUGAUGAGAUCGGUGCUCUGGAUAACGCAGAGCUGGAGGGAUACAUUAACCCCGACAGCGCCAGACUGGACGAGGUCAUCCAGGACUACUUCAGAAAGAAGCAGAAAGAAUGCCAGACUCCAGAGCAGCUGGGUCCGCCUGAGCUGCCCACAGUAAAGGAGGAAGAUGAUGAAGAGGAGGAAAUGGAGACGCUGGUUAUUGAGGAGCCGCCCACCGAGAAAUGGGACUGUGAAACCAUCAUCAGCACGUACUCCAACAUCUACAAUCACCCAAAGCUGAUAGAAGACACAAAGAAGCAGAAGCAGAUCCGUGUCUCCAGUAAGACGGGGAUUCCUCUGGACGUUCUGCCGAAGAAAGGUCUGACUGCUCGGCAGGUGGAGAGGAUGGAGAGGAUAAACGACUCGGAUCUGCCCAGAGUUUCCACUCAGCCCCGAUCCAGAGAGGAGAGCAAAGAGGACCGCAGACUCAGGAAACAGGCCAUUAAAGAUGAGAGAAAGGAGCGGCGGGUGGAGAAGAAGGCUAAUAAGGUGGCGUUUAAGCAGGAGAAACUGAUGCAGGAGAAACAGAUGGUUGGUCUGAGGGCUAACGUUCAGGGCAUGAAGCUGUCGUAGCCUCUGUGGACUCAUCAAUCAUCAAUCAAUCUUCAGACAGAACUGUGGAGAAGAACAUAGAAGAAUAUAGACCAUGCACACCUACAGUACAUAGAGUUUCUGCUGGUAUAAAGACUCUGGGGGACGUUCUCCCAGCUUCCUGUCUGAGGAAUCUUCCCCUCCUACCUCUACCUAUACUGGAUUUAAUGAAGAUCCAGGCAGAAGAUCUCUCAGAUCGUCUACACAACAUGAUUUUGUGGCUGAAGAAGGUUAUAUACUACAGUCUCCCACAAUGCACCGGUCAUUUUGGGUGUAGAGAAGUGAAGCUUAUUGCAUAAACUGAAUGUGGACCAGAAAGUGAUGCACAAGCUCAUAACUCAUAACAGAAAUGGUAUUAUAUCUGAGUGUGGAAAAACUGUACCAAUAUAAAACUGAAUUAAUAAUCUAUAAUUUGAUCUGAGUGUCUGUAUUAGUGGUUGCCCUUUGUUCUGAAGGGCAGAAAAAUUCAGAAGUUUAAAUUAAACUUUUUGAGACCUUUGUGAA